AUGGGUCGAAGCUUGCAACAAGAGACGAGAGAGCUCAAGGCUACCAUCGGAAGAAAGGAAGACAAGGAAAUUGAUGUAGCCUUCCCAGUGGGGCCAAUUCCUCAAACUGAAGGUUUUGACUUGAGUAGUGAGGAACUGACGUAUCAAAAUGUAAAAAUUACAAUUGACGAUAUCAAGGAUAAGGUUGGGUACUGGAAAUCAGCAGUGAUCUGCUAUGUGCUGGGAUCUAAUCCCCCUCUAGUAGUUAUGGAUGGUUAUUUCAAAAGAAUUUGGGGAUAUAGAGGAAUUGACAAAGCUACAGUAGUGAAUAAGGGGGUCUUCCAUGUGAGAUUUCAAUCUGAAGAAGCUAGAAACAGAACAGUUGAGGAAGGAGUCCAGAUGUUUGAUAAAAAGCCAAUAGGAAUUAAACCUUGGAAGCAGGAUAUUGAUAUGAAAAAGGAGACAAUUGACAGGAUUCCAAUAUGGAUUAGGCUUAUAGGGUUGGACAUCAAAUAUUGGGGGAAGAGUGCACUUACUAAGAUUGCAGUAAUGGUAGGAAAGCCAUUAAAGGCAGAUAGUGCUACAUCACAGAAGGAAAGACUUACAUUUGCUAGGAUACUUGUUGAGGUAUCAAUCAAUCAACAAUAUCCAUCAACAAUCAUGUUUGAAAAUGAAUAUGGGAAGAUAAUAGAACAAAGAGUGAUGUAUGAAUGGAAGCCAGUAAAUUGCCCCACAUGUAAUAAGUUUGGGCAUGAUCAAUCAGACUACAGGAAAAACACAAAGAAGGAGGAAGAAAGGGAAAAACAAAGGCAAAUUCAGAAUGAUCAGCAUAAUGAUGGCAAGGGAGAGCAGGAAAGGCCUAAGGAUAACACAGGCAAGGUAGGGAAUGAAGAAGGCAGAGCAAAGGAGGUAUAG